CUGUCCGAUUAUAACCGCUUUCGACAAAGACACCUUUUGUACAGGCUCCGAGGGUCCAAUUAGUUUCCGGGCUUUAAAAUUUAUAGGAAGGACCUUCGUCACCCGUCUGUUGACGGAAUCGUCGAACGGCAGCCCUAAAAGGACGUUGCAUGGCCGAGUCGACUUCAAGAACCACAUGGUGAACGCCUUCUGCGGCCUACACCCGUUUUGCUCCUGCGUGCAUGCAGGCAAGGGUGAAAGCAGUGCUAAUAAUGCGACAAACAAUUUACCUCCUCUGCUAUUCCACCGUGUCCACGGGGAUAACGUCCGCAUCAGCAGAGACGGAACCGUUGCGAGGAGAACGGAAAGCUUCUGCAAAGGAGUUUGCUUUUCAGCCCGUCCAGUGAAAAUCGCAGAAAAGAUCUGCCUGAGGAUAGUGGACGUAUCGGAUAGCUGGAGUGGUGUCGUCAGGUUCGGCUUCACGAGCAACGACCCGAGCGGACUCCAGUACAAUUUGCCGAAGUACGCUUGUCCGGAUUUGACGAACAAACCCGGAUAUUGGGCCAAAGCCCUCUCGGAGAGGAUGUGCGAGAGAGACUCAACGCUUUUCUAUUAUCUGACCGCUGCGGGAGACGUCCAUUUCGGAAUAAACGGCGAAGAAAAAGGAGUGUUCUUCAGCGGUGUCGAAACUCGGGGCCAGUUGUGGGCCAUGGUGGACAUCUACGGCAACACGACGGCCAUCGAACUCCUAGACCCUCGAGAACAAUUAAACAAUUCGCGACGCCUGGCUGUCGAAGAAGACCCCGCGAGAUUUAUAGUGCCACAGAUGUCGAGCAUGAGCAUACAGACGUCUCCACAGAUAGCCGUCGAAGCUCCGUCCGUCGAACCCACGCCUCCUCCUCUCAGAUACCAGAACCCUUCGACCAAGUUCAGCCCUCUACCUUUCCACCGGACCCGCGGGAAGAACAUACGUUUGAGCAACGAUAGGUGUAUAGCGACCCGGUACGCGACGGAAUUCGCACAAGGGUACGUCUUCACUGCGAGGCCGAUUCAGCUCGGAGAAAAGAUCGUUGUGCAGGUUCUCGCGACCGAUCACAUGUACCUCGGGGCCCUCGCACUCGGCCUGACCUCCUGCGACCCGGCACAUCUCUCACCGCACGACCUCCCAGACGACGCAGACCUUCUUCUGGAUAGACGGGAGUACUGGGUAGUCAACAAGGACGUCGCAGGAGGACCGCGGAGGGGUGACGAACUCGCCUUCUGCAUAACCACCUCUGGAGAAGUGCAAAUGAGCAAAAACGGAGGACAGCCGAUUUCCCUCAUGCACAUAGAUCAAUCCCAAACGCUAUGGGCAUUCCUGGACAUCUACGGGUCUACGAAAAAGAUCAGAAUACUAGGAUCCAUACCUCAUUCUUCACAAAGUUGUUCGCCUCCAAGAGCAGUCCAACCUGUCCCUUCGAAUUCAGUAGUGCAGACUCCUGAGCGGUGCAGGCCUGUCACAGUGGCGACUGCGCCGGGUGUCGGAGGAGGUACCCUUCUUGUCGUCAACUUACCUCCACCGACUGGGACCAAUUCCUCGGCGUAUUCAGGAAAUCAUCACCAGACAGCUCAUAUUUCAUAUAGCCCCACUUACGUCGAGCCUGUAAGCGGUACAUCGUAUUCGACCAUCGAUUCGAGUGAAGGUAUCCGGGAGUGGGCUGAAAACAGCAUAACCGUCUCACAGUCGUCCGAUUGUUCUGUAUGUUACGAGAGGAUAGUCGAUUCGGUCCUGUACACCUGCGGUCACAUGUGUAUGUGUUACGAAUGUUCGGUACAGCAGUGGAGAGGCAAGGGCGGAGGACACUGUCCCCUUUGCAGAGCUGUCAUUCGUGAUGUGAUUCGCACUUUCAGGUCAUGAUAGUUGUCAUGAUUAGUCAU